AGGACGAGGAGCCAGAUGACGGCUGGGGAGGCCUCUCACUGGUAGGCGGCGAAGAAUCCACUGACUGCGAUCCUUUGUCAUCCUUGCUUGAUGGUUCCGACGACGACAUUAUGCCGGAAGACCAGCUGCCUUUCACGCGCAUGAAGCUUGUCGACGACGAAGCAGAGGAUGACCCCAGUGCCGUCCGAACGGAGUCCGCAUGGGCUGUAGACAUCUCAGAACCACGACAUACCAACGCGCUGCUAAAAUGGCUAAAACAAUCUGGCCUCGACACACCUACACUUGCCCAUCUCAAGAGGAUACGAAAGCAGAAUGGCAAGACAGCUCUCCUCCUCACUUCCGUCGCUCUGUCUCCCGAGGUACCACCACUUCCGUCUGACAUCCCACUUUCCGAGCCAUACGUUGUAGACGUGCCAAAGGGCCCCGCCCUAACCCAAAAGGCGGUAAAAGCGAAGGCGACCUUCUGGCCGACGAUCUACGCCCCUCGUAAGAAGGGUGAGCUGGAACCACUAACCAGGGGACAGGUGAGGUGGGCAUGGGAUGCCAUGCGCACAGUGGUAGCAGACGCGAAAGCUGCUAAAGAGAAGGACGAGCUGCCUAUCGUUGCACACGUCCCUGUGCCGUACGAUCCAGAGAUCAAGGCUUCCACCCAGUUACUGUCACCGUUGACGGGCUACGACACCCGACGGUCAACCUCACAUCCUCUCCGCCACGCAGUGUUGAAUCUCGUGCGAAAAGUGGCCGACUACCGCGCACCACCAGACGAGUCCACGCCUCCUGCGACGGAACCCGCCGGCUCCAUAUCUCAGGCUCCGUCGGCAGAGUCGGUCGAUAUCGAUACAGCAUCCCGGAACGGUGCACACUACCUGCUCACCUCGCUGACAGCCUUCCUCUCACACGAACCCUGUAUCAUGUGUAGUAUGGCACUGCUGCAUUCUCGGGUGAAGGAGAUAUACUAUUUGAAGCCCAUGGAAAAGACGGGAGGGUGCGGAGGAUGUGCGUGUGUGCCCAAGCUGGAAGGAGUCAACCAUCGUUUCGCAAUCUCUAGAUGGAGCAAAGGGGUGGACGAGCUUGCGGCAGAUGUGCUGGACUUGGACGAGGCGACAGAUGCAUAAAAAUAUACCGCAUAUAAUGUAUCUCGAUCUGAUUGAACGCAGAGCACGCCCAGGCGUCCAUGAUCGUAUGUUUAAGUAUGCGAGCACCGUCUCCUCAGUCAAACCCUCUACCAGAACUCCCUCCUCUUCAGCCGGACCUGCUGCUGCAACAGCUUCUUCUCCCCCCACGUUUCACGUUGCGCCGCGUGUUCGGCGUCGCGUCGUGCGAGCGCCUCGCGCCGCACCUGCUUCGGCAGCCGCGCGAUGAGACGCACGAAGCUCUGCGUGCACCCGAACUCCUUCGCGAGCCUGCCCGCCGUCCACGUCGCUGGGUCCUCGGCGCGCAGCCGCUUCAUCCGCUCGAUGUCCUCCUGGCUCAUCCACUCCGGCGCGGCCUUCUUCGGCGGGACGAGCUGCGGCGGGAGCGCAGCCCCAGCCCCAGCCCCGCUGACGGGCCUGAGCAGCGGCGACGUCGGGAGCGUCGUGUACGACUCGGGCGAGGGCGCGGACGGCGGCGGUCGACGGACGAACGUCAGGUCGUUCGGGAGCGACUCGUACGUCGCAUGCGGGUUGUUCACGAGCGGGUCUGGCGCCCUGUAUGGUGGCCGCUCUGGUAGGCGAGUCGCGUAUGUGCGGAUAGAGGUCAGCGACCGG